AUGUCCGCUGAGUUUAUUAAUUUUUCAAAAACCUCUUUGGCUCAACCGAUUCGAAAGUCACAAACUGUUCUGUUAGCUUACUCAAAGAUCUGCUUAAUCCAAUUCCUAGAAGUGAUAACUAUCAAGGAAUCACAAAUGAAGUCACUUCCUAAGAGAUUUAUGAAGCUAUUUAUGGCCAAGCUUAUCUCCCCUAAUCAAUCUGCCUUUGUUAAAGGGAGCAGUAUUAUUGAUAAUACUCUCAUUGCUCAAGAUAUUGUGAAAGGGUAUAGGAGGAAAAAUCUCUCUCCUCGAUGUGCAAUCAAGAUAUACCUCCAAAAAGCUUUUGAUUCAGUUCACUGGGGUAUCAUUCCUAUUAUCCUUAAGGCUCUUAAUCUCCCUACUUAUCUUAUUGACAGGAUUGUUGCUUGCUACUCAAAUGCUACUUAUUCCAUUGCUUUUAAUGGAAGUUUGAUUGGAUUUUUCAAAGGUGCUAAAGCCGCCAAAGGGAUUUUCAACUUUCACCCAAAGUGUAAGAAAAUUGGCCUUACACACUUAACAUUCGCAGACGACCUUCUUAUAUUCUACAAAGGUAACCUUGAGUCUGUCUUGGGAAUCAUUACUGUCCUUAACUCUUCCUAUGAACUUUCUGGUAUUAAACUCAAUGCUCUCAAGAGUGAAAUAUUUACUACUGUAAUUUCUGCUCAAGUUAUUGAUAACAUUAUUUCUUAUUCGGGAUUCAAGCAUGGUCUACUGCCUAUUAGAUAUUUGGGAAUCCCUCUGGUAACUAGGAAGCUUUCUCCCAAAGACUGUCAGCCUCUCCUUGACAAGAUUUAUUCCAGACUUAAUCAAUGGUCAAGGCUGAAACUUAGUUAUGCAGGUCGCAUUGAACUAGUUAAGAUUGUUCUUAUCUCUGUUGCAAAUUUCUUGUACAUGCAACUGAUUUUACCCCAAUCUGUCAUACAUAAGAUUGAACAAAUAUGCUCGAUAUAUUUUUGGAAAGGAUCAGAUAUCCUGCCUCUGGAGCUAGAGUGA